GAACAUUCAGGACGUCGACCACUGAGCCAACAUGGAAGAGACAUCCACAAAGUAAUGACUUUACCAGAAAUCUCCUUAAGUGGUGGAACAGCUUCAGAAUGCGAUGGAGACAUCUUCUCUCCUCAGGCGAAAGGUGACUUGAAGAAGCUGCCAGUGAUCAUUCUAUGGCCAUGAGGUGCUCUCUGGUUCUUCUUGUCUGCUGCCUCACCUGGACCACAGCUCUGCUCACAGGUACCUCACAACAAGCCCCCACUAAGCGGAAGUACCUCCUGGAUCCGCCCGUUUACGCCGAAGUCAUUGGCCGACGGGGCGAGAACGCCACUUUGCCAUGCAUCCUAAAAACCAAGCCAGUCCAUUACAAAGUCAAAUGGACAAAGCUGGAGCUCGGGCGCAUCGGCCCAGAGAACAUCAUCAUGAUUUCCAACGCGCAUGCCUCCAAGCGACACGGCAAGCUUGGUCCGCGGGCGUCUCUGCGGAAAGCUCACAACAUGGACGCCACCCUGCAGCUCAGUGACCUGCAGCUGCAGGAUGGCGGUACGUACCGCUGCGAGCUUAUCAACGACAUCGAGGAUGAGAGCGUGGUCAUCGCUCUGAGGAUCGAAGGUGUGGUUUUCCCGUAUCAGAGUAAAAACGGCCGCUACAAGUUGACUUUCAGCGAGGCCAAGACGGCGUGUGAGGAGCAGGAUGGCAUAUUAGCAUCAUACAACCAACUGUACAGAGCCUGGACAGAAGGUCUGGACUGGUGUAAUGCAGGCUGGUUGCAGGAUGGAUCAGUCCAGUACCCCAUCAUUACUCCUCGACCCGCCUGUGGAGCAGAACCACGUCCUGGGAUCCGCAAUUAUGGACCUAAAGACAAGAAUCAAGAUCGUUUUGAUGUUUUUUGCUUCACCUCUUUGACAGCUGGUUCCGUCUUCUAUAUACCAGGUUCGUUCUCCUUUGAGCAGGCCGAUCAAGCAUGUAGACGCCAAGGAGCUGAUCUGGCUUUGGUGGGCCAGCUCUACUCAGCCUGGCGCUUCCGUGACUUCGACCGAUGCGACGGCGGGUGGCUAAGAGACGGAAGUGUGCGAUUCCCCAUCGGCACCCCCAGGGUACGCUGUGGAGGCCUUCCUGAUGCAGGAGUACGCUCAUUUGGAUUUCCCCAGAAGUCCUCGCAUCUCUAUGGAGCAUACUGCUACAAGCAACUUUUAAAGUCAGAAUAA